GAUAAAGCCCUCGAAACCGAUUCAAGAAAAAGAUUUUAGAUUAGUUUUUUCGAGAUGGUUGAUACUACAAUUAACAACGUCGAUUUUCACUAUAAAAACCGGCGGAUCGAUCUCCACUCGCAUUCCACUUCAUCGCCAUCGACCAGGUGGAAAAGAAACUCUCAACGAUGAGCAACCUUGUCGCCCUUCUUGCCCUCAUGGCAAGCUUGGCUGCCGGAAACCCGGCCGAUCGUUUGGACAUGGUACAGAGGAUGGACGGUCGCAUAGUGGGGGGCGAGGCGACUACAAUCCACGAGGCGCCGUACCAGAUCUCCCUUCAAAAGGACGGUUACCACAUAUGCGGCGGUAGCAUAAUAAGCGCCAACUGGGUGCUGACCGCUGGCCACUGCUCCUCUUACCCCCCUUCCACCUACAAGAUACGCUCCGGCUCGACUAACGUGUACUCGGGCGGCUCGUUACACGAUGUCGAGCGGAUAAUCAGGCACAAGAAGUACACGACCAAUCAGAACGGCAUACCGUCCAACGACAUCGCCCUCUUCCGUAUCAAGGAUACAUUCGAGUUCGACGAAUCGACGAAACCUGUCCAACUUUACCAAGGGGACUCGGCCUCACUCGUCGGUAAAUACGGUUUGGUGACCGGCUGGGGACUGACCAACAUCAAGAUUCCUCCCCUCCUCCACAAAGUCUCGGUCCCCCUCGUCUCGAAGAGGGAAUGCGACAGGGAUUACUCGAGGUUCGGCGGCGUUCCCCAGGGCGAAUUGUGCGCCGGAUACCCGGAGGGGGGCAAGGACUCCUGCCAGGGGGAUUCGGGUGGGCCGUUGGUCGUCGAUGGAAAUUUGGUCGGAGUGGUCUCUUGGGGGAUGGGUUGCGGAACACCUAAAUACCCCGGCGUGUACACGGACGUGGCUUAUUACAGGGAAUGGGUGAGGGAGAACAGCGAAGUCUGACACGAAAAUUUGGAUACUUUGGCACGUUUGGAAUUGGCGAUGAAGGAUACUGCUUAAAGGAUUAACUCGAUCGGGCGAAAUGAUUCUUUCUAUUCUUAUCGGUAGAACGUUAAGUUUUAAGGUUAAGUAAUUUUCGAAGUAUGGUAAUGUAAUUUUAAAAAGUCGAUUUCAAGAUGAGACAAUUGUAUAUAUAUGUAUAUGUGUAAAAAGUAUAUUAAUUAUAGCGUGUAAAUAAAAAUUGUAUAAACUAAAUAAAACUAAAUAAAAAUUUUUCGUAUUUAUCUAUGGAA